AUGGUGUUCAGCUUCCGGGUCAAGUUCUACCCGGGCUGGCCGGAGCGGCUGCAGGAGGAGCUGACCCGGUACCAGGUGUACCUGCAGCUGAAGCGGGACCUGCUGGAGACGGGCGACUACGACCCGGAGGAGCACCGCGGCCGGUACGCGUCGGACUACUGCCUGGUGUCGCGCGCCAGCAGCCGGCUGGAGGAGCGCGCCAUGGAACUGCACUGCUGCCAGAUGCGCGGCCUGCUGCCGGCGCCGGACCAGUGCGGCCGGCCCGUCAGCCUGGGGCUCAACUACCGCGGCAUCUCCGUCAUCCAGGACGGCCGCCGCUCCCACCUCUUCCGCUGGCAGGACGUGCAGAAGCUCAACUUCGAGAACAAGAUGUUCAUCGUCCACCUGGUGUUCGUCGAGGACUCGAGAACCAAGAGUAAGCGGACGGUGGGCUACAAGAGCGACUCGGUGCAGAAGUGUCGCCACUUCUGGCGGGACGCCACCGAACACCGCCUGUUCUUCACCGCGCCGCGCAUGGUGCUGGGCGGCUCUCUGUUCUCGCGCCACUCGCGCGUGCGCUUCUCGGGCCGCACCGAAAGGGAGGUGUGCCGGCAGCCGGUGCGCCGCGACCCGCCCCAGUUCAACAGGUACGGUCUGCGGCCGUCCGUGCGGCGGAAGGCGCAGAGCGUGCCGGCCACGCCGUGCGACUCGCAGGAGAGCUCCCUGGCCGACGACGAGGCCAUGAUGGUGUCGCCGACGGACGAGGCCGGCCGUCUGCUGCAGCCGCUCAGCGAAAUCGCCGACUACACGCCGCCCUCCAGUCCCGACCUGUCGCCGAUCCGGGCGUUCGAGGACGGCGGCCUGCUGGACACGGCGACCACACGCGAGCUGCGCGCCUACCCCGAGCUGCAGCUGCUGCGCCACCGCCUGUACGAGCCGGCCAAGCAGUUUGUGGCGCGCGGCUCGGGCGUCUAA